AUGCUGCAUCUCCAUGUCUGGGGUCCGGCUUUCGGCCUGCCCUCUAUCGAUGCCGAAUGUCUAGCCAUCAUCGCCUACUUGCACAACGCACUGCCCUCUUCAGAGUGGCGCCUCAUCCCCAGCAAUGAUCCCGCCGCCAGCCCCUCAAAUCUCCUGCCGGCUUUGCACCACGAAGAAACCUGGAUAAGCGGCUUUCAACCCAUAGUGCGAUACCUAUCAUCAGCAGCCAUCGGCAACGACCUGGACCAGGUGCUCAACAGCAUCCAAAGAGCAGACAGCAUCGCAUGCAGCGCCUUUCUGAGAGCCCACGCAGGCCCCCUAGUCGACCUGUCGCUCUACGUCUCGGCAGCAAACUGGGUCGCCACCACCAGGCCCGCGUACAGCUCGCUCUUGUCGUUUCCCCUGACGUGGACGGUGCCCACGCUCAUCAGGGCGGAGGCCAUUGCGCGCGCGGAGCACCUUGGCCUGGCCGAGCUGGACAGCGACUUUGACCCCAAUGGCGGCCUCCAUCUGACCGGGAGAGAUGCCCUGCCCGAGACGUUCCGGAGGCACAUCCCGUUGGUGAUGGCGAAGAAGACUGUCCGCGAGGAGAUGACGCCGGAGCAAGCCACGGCGAUACGGCUGUUUGGGCUGACUGAAGACUGCCUCAAGGUGCUGGACGACUUGAUGGAGGGGAACAGCGAGGAUGACCCUCGGUUCUUCUCCGCGGACGGCGCGGUUUCGUCGCUGGAUUGUCUGGCGUUUGGAUAUCUGGCUCUCAUGCAGAAGCCCCCCGUGCCGCGAUCUUUUCUCAGAGACUGGCUGGAGUCGAAAACCCCCAGGCUACACAAGUUCGUCGACUCCAUGCUCGCUGCCAUGGCCAACUGCGGUGACCUUCCCUGGACGGAUCCCACCCCGACGUCCGUCGUCCAGUUCGGUGGCCGCGUCCUCGACUCCGUGGCGCGCCAUGUCCCUGGCGUGGGCGGGCACUACGCGGCCGAAAUGCGCUACAGGGUCGAGCGGCAGAAGAAGGGGGUCGACCAGCGAGCCGUGAUGCUCAUUGUCGGCGCGGCCCUCGCUGGUUUGGCCACGGGCUACGGCGUCCAGUAUUACAGGGCGCUGCAGCCGUUUGGGGCGGCGAGCCAGACGUGGCAGCCCAGGAGGGUGCGGACGAGGCUGAGCGAUUUCGGGCAGCUUGGGACGACGCUGAGUAGUGCCAUGGGACCGUAUCAGCCUGCGCCGAGUGGAAUUGAUGUGGGAGGUGGGGAGCAUGGCAAGUUGGUGGAAGUAGAUUCCGAGAUAGACUGA